AUGGACUUGGGGUCCUUCUGGGCCGAUGACUCCUAUGGUGGAGCCUCAUCUUGGGCCGACGAAGAGAUCGAUAUGGCGUCAAUUGGAGUCCCCACAACAGGACCAAGUACUGGGGCUUCUACGAGCACCUACAAAAGACAAGAAUCAUUUGGAUCGUCCCGUUUUGAAGACCAGAGACAAGACAGACAGGAAUAUCCAAUUCCUGAUGAACCUCCUUACCGAGCCAGAGUUGGAAAUUUGCCCUGGGAAGUCACCGAGGACGACUUGGCACGUUUUCUUGAAGACAGAAUGCAAACAAGAGAUGCAAUCUCCGAAAUUAAGUUGCCCGUGGACACCAUGACUGGUAAGUUGCGUGGUUUUGGUUUCGUCACCUUCAAGGACCGCGAUGUAUUGGAAGAAUCCUUACGUUUAACGUUGUCUGAUUUCAAUGGCAGAAAGAUUUUUGUCAAUGUAGCAGCCCCCCAGAAGCAGGAUGUUUUUGAGAUGGACUGGAGAGCUUCCAGAGGCCCACUCACUGGAGGCAGUGGUAGAGACAGAGGAGAUAGGCCAAGAAGAGAAGAAGUCGAUAUUGACUGGACGUCUGCUAGAGGUCAGGGCACCCUUCCUCCCAGAGAGCCAAGGGAUAGAAUGGACAGAGGCGACAGACCCAGAAGAGAAGAGCCCGAUAUCGACUGGUCUUCCACCAGAGGUAAAGGAGUUCUUCCACCCAGAGAACCAAGAGAAAGAAGCGACAGACCAAGAAGAGAAGAACCAGAAAUUGACUGGAGCUCCGCUAGAGGACAAGGCUCGCUUCCACCAAGAGAGCCUAGAGAGAGAAGUAUCAGAACACCCAAAAGAGACGAACCAGAAUUCGACUGGAGUUCUGCCAGAGGUCUGGGAACACUUCCACCCCGCGAAAGAAGCAACAGAACUCCCAAGAAGGCAGAGCCUGUUUUGGACUGGAAACGUGGACAAACCGUCGAGCCCCGCAAGCCAAAGAAAGAUACAUCCAAACCAGAAGAAGAAAAGGAACAACCAAAGGCCAAAAAAUCUUUGUAUGAAGUAUUGGCCGUGGAGGGUGAUGGUGAUGAUGAAUCUGACGAUGAGCCAGUUGCCAAGAAGACCGGAGAUGACGCUGUUUCUGCAUUAGAAUCUAAAACCAGUGAAUUGUCUGUUGACGAGAAGGAAGGAUGGAGCACUGUUAAGAAGUAG